AUGGGUAACGGUGCUCGGGCUCAGCAAAAACGUGAGCGUAAUGCCAAAGCCAAUAGCGGCAAAGAGGCCAAGUCUCAAUUGAAGGCCAAUGAAGCAGCUAAGAGCGUCAUUUGCCAAAUCUGUCGUCAAACUUUUCUGAUGACUGUUCGUGAACCUGCCCUCAAGCAGCAUGCCGACAAUAAGCACGGAAAAGAUAUCAAGGAUUGCUUCCCAACAUGGAGCCCUGCCUAA